AUGGACGAGGUACCAUACCGGCCACAUGUGCCCCUUCAAUGGGAGCUGGCUCGACAGACAGAAAUCUUCCUCGAAGAUAGCCUAUGGCCGCAAGCAUAUAGCCUUCUCUUUAAUGUCCUUGCAUCGGGCACUAUCGCAUCAACAAAAGCAGUGAUUCCACUGCCUCGGCAUCUGGCCGUCGCAGCUACGAUGCUGGUGCACCCAAGAACAACAACGCGCGCCGAGACGGAGUACGAAAAGGAAGCAUCCAAAGCAGCUUUGCGAUUUCUCCGAUUGACGAAUUCUCUUGUUGGUCCCACGGAUGCAAAAUUUAAUCUCGCUUUCGGAUUCAACCAGUUUGCAUCUUUGCGACCUGGUAGGCGGCGUGCGGAAAGCCCGAUGCUCGCUGAGAAUGACAAUCCUGAUACCAGGCCUCUGAAUACGAAAUUCGACCAGGCUUCUUCGGUGUGGAACUGCGCAGAGGACUUCUGGCACGCUGUCGGUUGGGCAUUUAAUUGUUCGGUGCUUCAUCCGGCCCGGUGGGAGCGCUGGCAGAUAUGGCUCCAGUUCAUGUGCAACGUACUAGAAGAUGAUUGGAAAGAGUGCGAAAACAAGGCGGUACCUGAUGACCUUAGCAUAUUUCGGGAAAGCCUGAUCUUCCGUUAUAUCUCCUCAAACUCCACAGCUGGACGGAACCGCAGAAUCAUGCGGGCAAUCUUUACCAAUGCCAAAUCGAAUCCUGGCGAGUUCAAGGAGGUAUUCAAAGAUGAAUUAAGAAUGCCCGUCCCUAAACAAGACUCGCAUAAUUUAAAGAAGAGAGCAGGUGAUAUCGACCUCGACAAGGGUCACUAUGGCGAUUACCAGAACAAUUUCGACGAUGAUUUCGAAGCUGAUCAAAGCUCAACCUCGGUAUUAGAAUCGACUGCUAAGCCACGACGUAGCAAACGAACCCGACGAGGAAUGCGCAACGCAGAGGACGACGCCACAAACCCCAUUAAGAUGGCCAAAGCAAGCCAAUCAUCCUCCCGCGAAAGCAACAAUCUCUCCCUACUAGGCGGCUACACUUCCAUCGGCCUCCGCCAACAACUCCUCAGCAUCCUCUCCAACGUUUCGGAAAAACUGCCGCGGGACUUCAUGCCCCUAGACGACCUCUACAACAUGUUCGUCGAGAACAUUCGCGACCUUUCGCUCCCGAUCUUCCAACACUUCAUCAGCCCCUCCAACCCACACCUCCUACCCGAAGCGCACUCCACACUCUGCGAACUCCUCCUCUUCGUCAUCCGCGAAAGCUCCGCCCCAAGCUCUGAUGCCAAGUACCUUACCCAGGACAAGCUGGAGAAAUGCUUCCUCCCCUAUGCGGCGGCUACCCCAACCGUGGAGAACAAUGCCAAGAUCUCCAUUCUGCUCGAGGCGCUGAUGACACACCUGCACGAGGGAAAGAUGAUCUCUGUGACCCCAUCGCUGACGGAAGCUGUCAACUCUGGGAUUGCGCGUCGUGAGAAGGCUAGUCUUGAUCGGGACUCGCUUGAAUGGGCUUACUUGAAGGAAAGUGGGUUUAGGAUGAAGUUUAUGGUCGAGCAUAUCUUACCGUGA